AUGGCAUUGAAACGUCUCUUUGCUGUACUCUUCCUGAGUUGCCUUACAACAAUGGUUAUGUUCUCAUUUAGCCGUAUUUUUACGGGCAUAAAUGAACGAAUUAUUCUGAAGCCUUCAUCUGUCACACUCCUCACUACUACUGUCACACCCAAUACUACUGUGGAAAGGUCCUCGAACUAUGAUGACAAGACAUACGUAAUGGCAGCCUACAUAACCUCCUCCUCAAUGAUAAGAUUAACGACAAUUCGCAAGUGUAAGACGAUUAUUAGGCUCCGUUUUCAUCUGAAGAUAAAUCAGUCUAAAUUCCUAACUAUUCCACUAAUUCAUAAGCCAAUCCUAAAGUGUCCAUGGUUCUACGCCACCAAAUGUGAUUUUGUUGGCUAUUUUGCGAUAACAGUGCGUCAGAAAGAUUUGGAUCAAUUCUUGAUGAUAAGCCAUAAAAAGUUACCGAAGGCUUACAUAUCGCGAAUGGACAGACCUUCAUUACAAAUGCCAGUUGUACUGCAGGAAGCGCGUGUGAUGCCGAAUCGACCGCGUAAACAUCACCUUGCUGUCUGCUUGCAACCAAUCUUCUUGUUAGCCGACUGGACCUUACUUGUGCAGUUUUUUGAGGCAGGUGUCACCAAAUUUUGCGUGUACGUGCAGUCAAUGACGCCUGAAGUUGAUGCAUUGCUACGUGUUUAUGAGCAUUCAAAGGACGUGGAAAUUGAACGAAUUAAUUGGGCUCCGCUACCGACAGGUGACACUGCUUCACAUGAAAACGAUCCAAAUUUACGGAUUUACAGGAGUGAGGUGACCACUUCUAUUAACGACUGUCUUUUACGGAGUCGUGGAAAUGCAAAAUAUGUGAUUUCUUCUGAUCUCGAUGAAAUUGUAGUCACCAAUAAAGAAUCAUCUUUGCUUAAAUUACUGGAGAGCUUGCAAGCGAAGUUUAAAAAAUCAGCGGCAUUUGUCAUUCGCAGCAGUUUCGCGCUUUUUGAGAAUCAUUGGGCAAAUGUUUCCAAGCCGACAGAUAUUGAUUUCAGUGAUUUUGCAAAUAUUUCGCUAGAAAAUUAUGUUUGGCCAGCUGGUUCUCGGAGCAAAGUAGUUAUGAUUCCGGAACACAUAUACAGUGCACAUGUGCAUCAGGUGUUGCAACCGGAACCUGGCAAGAUUGUAACUGUUGUGCCACCUGAAACUGCUCUUGUUUUUCAUUUAAGACGAGUCAUGAAGGAUAAGCUGUGGUCAUCAAACACAACAGUGAGAACCAAUGCACUUUCUCGAUUUAUUGAUCCGUGCAACAAAUCCUGGAAAAACCGGUUGAAAGUAAUCAAACAGAUUCCUGAAGCUAAAAUAUUGCACGGAAGCGAAUGGCCUCAAAGAGGAAGCCAGGUAAUGGAGGAACUGGAAGCGUGCCGCGAGCAACUUGAAUUCAUUCAGAAUGACACGUGCCAGUCGCCAUAUCGUUGUACGUCCAAAAUUAGCUCCGUCACAACAAACGAAUGGGUUAUUGCACGGCAGACUUGGACUAUUUUAUAA